CGGCACAACACCUCUUUCCGGCGGACGCGCAUCACAGGGUUACAGGUGCAUUCAGGAAAAGGAGGUUUUGUAGGCUUCCUGCAUAGAUUUUCCAUUGAUUUAAUAGCAUAAUUAUAAGUAUUGUAAAUUAUUGUUCUGUAGGCGAUUAGUUUUGAUGAUAAUCUUCUGUGUGAGUAAGAGUGUCUCUUCUCUAUUGAUCAGAAAGCUGAGCUGGGAGUCAGUGGGACUUCAGUCUGAUAUUAGAAGAUUAUUAGCUAAACGUUGCUGUCCCUCUGUGGUUCAGAUGACGCAUGUUUUUGUGUACGGAACUCUGAAAAAAGGCCAGCCCAACCACGACAGGAUGCUGGACGUCUCUAAUGGUAAAUCUGAGUUCCUCUGCAGUGCGAGUACUGUAGAGAAAUACCCUCUGAUCAUAGCAGGAAAAUACAACGUCCCCUUCCUCCUGAACAUCCCUGGGAAAGGACAGCAUGUCCACGGAGAAAUCUACAGCGUGGAUGAAAAGAUGCUGAAGUUCUUGGACUGGUUUGAGAGCUGUCCACACAUGUACCAGAGAACACGUGUCCUGCUGAAGGUGGAGCAGCAGUGUGGUGAAGGUGGAGAGGAAAGGCCUGAAUUGGGAAGCACUACCGAGGCUUUUGUGUACAGUACCACCACCUACGAGCCUGACUGGCUCGAGAAUACAGCGUUUAGCAGCUACGACUCAUACGGGGAUCACGGCCUGCUUUAUGUGACUCGUGAAGCCAGAGAUUCCAAAUAAUGUAAAUUGUCAUGUGUAUAGCUGGAAUAGAAUCUAGAAUAAAUUAAUAAAUAAAUACAUUUUAAUUUUGUGCAAUA